AUUCCGAAUAGUGCGGAACUAAUCACUAUGGAAUAAUUAUUUAAUGAAUGUGAAAAGGAAUUCAAAAAGAUACAAUUCACAAUUGGAUUGCUAACUAGUAUUUAUUUAUUUAUUUUUUAAAUAAGUGCUAGUACCAUAAAGACAAGUUGGUUUGAAGAAAUACAGUACAUGUUAAAACGGCUUGCCAUAACUUCAGACUUGUCAGAGCUUGUCUGAGAGAGCCCAGCACAGAAGACUGCAAGCCUUCUGAAAAACUCAAGCAAACUAUCUGACUGCCAAAAACAAACCUGAUGAUGCUCAAGACUGCAUCAAUCCCCAGAGACAGACAUGCAACAGUGCAUUAAAUAGAAGUAAAUAUAGCCUACUUUUAAAACUAAUUGGUGUUUUUCUUUAUCUUUUAGUUUUUUUUUUUUUUAGUAAUGCAUUGUAAAGUUGACAUUGUACGAAUAUGCACGCUCCACUGCCACCGCUGCUGCACAUGUGAUGCUGCGCGACCAGACGAGUGAGUAUGAGCUGUAAUUCCACAUGAUGUACUUGGGAUGACAGCAGCCUUUCCAUAUAAGGACCGAUGCAAACGCUUUAAAAUCACUUUUAAGGAAAACUAAAAGAAGGAAUAUGUUUUUCUUUACGCGCAAGAUGGAACGGGGACAAAUCGGACGGCUGUAACGUGAGAAGUGCGCUCGAAUCGAGAUGCGCUGAACGCAACACAAUACUGGAUGUAUACAGGAACGCACCGCAAAGAGGAAUGAAAGACUUUUUUUCUGCUGGUUAAGUGAACCCCUUUGGCAAAGCGCUUGAGAAAAGGAGCGGAGAAAUCUUGUUAUGAAAUGCGCAUCUCUUCUUGUUUCUCAAACGAACUGUCACCCGUUCUCUCUGUAACAGAGUCUGCUUUGGGAACAACAUGACACGGAUGCGCUUCAGCUGUCAUUAGCGGGGACAAAUCAGACCAACGCAGCGGCAAUCCGGUCAAUACUAUCGAUAAGCUCAUAUAUAAGGCUAAUCAUCACGCCUGCCUAUGUUUGCUUAAACCUGUUUGGGAGAGUAUGCUGUGGGACGAUGAACAAACUGCUGACAAGGUCUGUGGGAGAUCAUGGAUCCGUUUUUGAGCUCCUCAAGAGAUUUUAACACUGAAAUUAUGAUAUUUGUUUUGCAAGAUGACUGCUGCAGUCAGCAUAGCGACGGACAAAGCAGAUCAACUAGUUGCUCCGAUUCCUGUGUAAGCACUCUUGGUUUGGUCUGGAAUUAUGGGGUGACCGCUCAUUCGACUCGGUGAAAAAGCCAUGGAUGUGAACUACUCCACGGUCCUGGACAGCAGUGUGUCGCAGCGCGAUCCGUCGAAGCGAGUUCUGACUGGUUGUUUUCUCUCGCUCCUCAUACUGACCACCUUACUGGGCAACACGUUGGUCUGCGCUGCUGUUACGAAGUUUCGCCACCUGCGCUCAAAAGUCACCAACUUCUUUGUUAUAUCGCUGGCUAUUUCUGACUUACUGGUGGCCAUUUUGGUGAUGCCAUGGAAAGCGGCCACCGAGAUUGUAGGUUUUUGGCCAUUCGGCGCCUUCUGCGAUGUCUGGGUGGCCUUUGACAUCAUGUGCUCCACCGCCUCCAUCUUGAAUUUGUGCGUCAUUAGCGUGGACCGUUACUGGGCCAUUUCUAGCCCGUUCCGCUACGAGCGCAAGAUGACGCCCAAGGUGGCGUUCAUCAUGAUAAGUGUGGCAUGGACGUUGUCAAUCCUUAUCUCCUUCAUCCCAGUGCAGCUAAACUGGCAUAAAGCCCAGACAACCAGUUACACGGAGCUGAACGGCACCUACGGCGAGCUUCCCCCAGACAACUGCGACUCCAGCCUUAAUCGGACAUAUGCCAUCUCCUCUUCCCUGAUCAGUUUUUACAUACCCGUGGCCAUUAUGCUGGUCACUUACACCCGCAUCUACCGCAUCGCCCAGAAGCAGAUACGCCGGAUCUCUGCGCUAGAAAGAGCGGCCGAGAGUGCCAAGAACCGCCACAGUAGCAUGGGUAACAAUGGCAGUAUGGAGUCCGAAAGUUCCUUCAAGAUGUCCUUCAAGCGUGAAACCAAAGUUCUCAAGACCCUCUCGGUCAUCAUGGGCGUUUUCGUGUGCUGCUGGCUGCCCUUCUUUGUCUUGAACUGCAUGGUUCCUUUCUGCAACCCGAACGAGAGCGCAGACUUCUUCUGCAUCAGUUCCACCACCUUCGAUGUCUUCGUCUGGUUCGGUUGGGCCAAUUCCUCACUCAACCCCAUAAUCUAUGCCUUCAAUGCUGACUUCCGCAAGGCGUUCUCCAUCCUGCUGGGCUGUCAUCGGCUCUGCCCGGGCAGCAACGCUAUAGAGAUUGUGAGUAUCAACAACAACGGUGGCCCUCCGUCUACUUCUCAGUAUCAGCCUAAGGGCCACAUCCCCAAAGAGGGCAACAACAGCAACUAUGUGAUCCCUCACAGUAUCCUCUGCCAGGAGGAGGAGACCCAGAAGAAGGAGGACGACUCUGAGAUAAAGACCUUUGAGAAACUGUCACCUUCCAUGUCGGGGAAUUUGGAUAGCGAUGCGGAAGUCUCGCUAGAAAAGAUCAAUCCCAUAACACAAAACGGGCAGCACAAAUCCAUACCCUGCUGAGUACUGGGUGAGAUCUGACCCCAAGAAAGAAUCCUUGUUUCUAUACAGUACGGAAUCCAAAAAAAGCUUCACUGAGGACCUUAAUAACAAUUCUUGGACUAAAUGAAACUUGCGGAAAACAAACGAAUGUUCCAAUUGAAGGCACUUUAUGCUGGAUAACUAUCUGCAAAAUGUUCACAGCAUUUAUUAUUGACUUUAACAGGUCAGUUGUCGCAAGACAUCAAUGGAAAGUAUUGUGAAUAAACCAUGUAUGCAUAUGUAUACAUGUUAUGAAUUUGAAAUGUGUAUACAUGUGCAUGCCCAUGUGGUUGUGAUAAAACUACUGUUGUUAGUAUAAGGAAAAGAGUUAGGUCGCUAGUAAAAUAUCUUGUAGGUGAGUUUACCUAAAAUGGCUCACAAGUAGUGAAAUUUGGUUGACAAUAAAAUGUACAUAGUGUUGUUUAUAUUUUUCACCAUUUAUCAGAGUUGGCUAAGUCAACAUCUCCAUACGCUGCUAGUUGUGAAAUUGUAUGUGCGAACCACCCCAUAAUGUGACUUGAGAGCAGUAGCCAUUCUCAACCUAGUCUUCAAUGUGUGCAUUGGUGUGAUGUCAAAGAAGUCAGGGGGCAGUGGAUUUUUCUGCUAUGUGAUUUAUCAGCUGUGGAAGUGGCCAUGAUAUUUGGAUGUAAUUUUUAAUGCUUAGAUGUCAAAGACAUUACUUACCCAUCCCAACCCCUUCCUCACCCCGUUAGCCCUACACAUGUCACAGUGCAGGACAGCACAGGGAAAAUAUGAUCCCAGCAGUCGUUACCUACACUUCAGUUGUCAUUAUGCUCACAUAUAUACUUGUAUCCAUCACAGGGUGAAUUUAAAUGUUAGAAGAAGCCUCUUAGUUCUGCUUCUCCUCUUUAAAUCCAUCCACUCUAAACGUACAAAUGUAGUUUCAGGCACCACGGCUGCCUUUAAACAGUUUCUUUUGCCAACUCUUCGUGGAUGAACUUUGCUCUAGGACAGUGUGGAAUACAGCUAAUGCACAAUGGAAAAAUGUAAUUACUGUAUCUUAUGCAACGCAUCUGUCCAGCCACCCAGAAAGCUGCUGUGACCUUGCCGAAAACACCAUAGGAAGCACUCUGUAGGUCUUUCUAGCGCUUCAAAGCAUAUCCAGGAUAAAAACCAUCUUGCAUCAUGCAUAUAGUUAUUGUGCAGAAUCCAGUCCCUGAACUGUUAUGUCAGCUGUCAGAUUACCAACAUAUGUCACAUCCUAAGGUACAUUGUCUCUCAAAUUGCCUUGGAACAAUUUAACCAUUUUAGUUCAUUUGUCCAAACAGAAUCUGUGGCGUAUAAACUGCCGUCCCACUUUUAAUAAUUUGUUGAGCUGUUUUGUUUGGUUAUGUAACUGCCCUUGAUCUAAGUUAAUUCCAGGGACUACCAUCCAGCGAGCGCUUCCCAUGAACAUCGGGAUUUGACCGAACUGACACGCAUGAGCUUGUUCUCAGAGUGCAUUAGGGAAAAAAUGCAAACCAGACCAACAUAUUUACUCUAAAUCAAUGACGGUAGCUUUGAGAUCAGUUUGCCCAUUUUUAGCUGAUCAUAGAAACCCAUUUAGUUCACUGCGACUCUUAUAACUGAGAGCAAAUCUCUUAUAUUUUGCCUUCAAUAAUACUCUGUGCCAAAAUGCUGAGGACAUCAUGAUCAGCAGACUUCCUGCCAGCGUCCUUCUCUCUUACUCUAAUAUUCCCUUCUCUCUAAAAGCUUGACAGAAAGAACUGUUCUGUAUGUUUGACUCCAAACUAGAUAACAUACAGUAAGUGAAUAUGUACGUAACGGACUUGGACAACUUUGAGAGCUAGACUAGAUGAACAGAGACUUCAGUACACAUAUUUGUCUAAAAUUGGACAUGUGCUCCAGGGAAUUUUCCAAAAGACUUGUUUACUCACCCACUUGUCAAAGAUCCGUUUUCCAUAAUGCUGCUAUGGAAAUUUUCAGCUAUAUGUUUUAUUUAAUUCCAGAAAGUUUGUCUUAAUGAUCAUCACGUGUGUAACUCAAAUGCUAUUGUUGGAAUAUUUAGGAUGGUUGGUUUCAGCAGCAUUCAGUUAGGCAACAUCAGAUUUAUUCUCUCCAAUGAGGUGAUUAGCAUUUAAAAUGAACCCCAGUGACAUUCUGAAAAGUCCCAGGUGCUUCUUUUAUUGCAAAUGCUAAGGUAUUCCCAGAACUGCUGGGGAACCACGGGUAGUCCUUUAAUUAGAAGUGAAUAACAUAACAGUGGGCCGAGUUUCUCGUUUUCUUUCUUACCAAAGAUUGCAGGUUUAUCUUUUGAUUUUGCAGGUGUUGCUUUAUACAAAAAAACAGUGAUUUCAGGUUGAGAGCUGUCGUUUUCUGUUUCUUUCGGAGGAGGCUGAAAAUGACGGUGACAAUGGCAAGAACUUACGAUACUGUGUGACAGUGGCAGCACAACCCCCUUGAAACAUAACUUUAUCAGCUGCAUUGUACCACUGUUUAUGGACAUUCAUUCCAAGGUGAUACAAAAAGGAUUAUUUGACACCUUAACCUCAGAUGCUCAACGAAUAUGCGCAUUGUAACAUAAACAGGAGAAAAAACUGUGUUGUAAGAUGUUAAAAUAGAGAUGUGAACACAAGUGCUUUUUAUCUUUAAGUCCUUAAUUGUGAGUAGAGAAAACAAAUGUACAUGACGUUUUCAUGUGGGUUUGUCAUGCAGUUAAAGCACUGUACCGGUUUCCGUGAUCCCAUCAAGUAGGAUGUGUUCCUGGAUUAACAUGUUUUGUUUGUCCUGGAAUAACAUUCUUGUCCUGACGUUAGCAUGAUCUACCCCCGAAACCAGACAGAGAUGAUUGGUUGGGAAUGUUUUUGAAGCCCCAACCGCAGCCUUGAAGGAAUAUUCUGAGUUCAGUACAAGUUCAAUCAACAGCAACCACAAUUACCAAGAAAAUAAGUUUGUCUCCUCUCUCAUUUUUCUAAAUAAUAAUAAUAAAUGCAGUGUUACAGUAAGGCACUUUAAAUGGAAGUGAAUUGGGGACAAUUUUUGAAGGAUUUGAAAGCAGAAAUGUGAAGCUAAUAGUUUUAUAAAAGCAUUAUUCUGUUAAAACAUGCAUUAUUUAAGAUGUUAAAAUGGUUCAGACAUUUUUGUGCCAAUGACACUGUAAGACUGGAUAUAACUUUACACAGAAAGGGUUUUCACACUAAAAUCAUGCUAACAUGCAUAUUGUGGCUAUACUUUUGAAACUGAGUAUUUCAUUAUUUACGGUCUGGUCCCAUUCACUUUCAUUGUAACUCAAAAGUUUUGCUUUUCUUAAAGAAAAUGAGGGAGGAGUGAAAAAACAACAUUGCGGCACAAAUGUUGUCGACUGAGCUUGCCCUGAACCCAAUAUAUUCCUUUAAGCCCAUGCCGCAGUGUUGUCAAAAGUACCGACUUGGUACUCCGAUACCAAGUCAGUACUGAAAUUUAAAAAAUGUGAUGCUUUGAGCACUAUCGAACGGAUUCGUAAACACCUCUGAUUGGCCAUUGUGUUCACCUGCUCAUCAGAUAUGUCUCUGAUUGGCUACAAUGAUCAACGCUUCAAAUACAUGUUGUAAAUAGACAUCAAUGACGCUCUUCACCGUGCGGUAGCUGAUAGACGUCUGCUUUUAAAUGUUCACGCUUACAAAUUCAGAGAUGCUACAGCUACCGUGCGUUUAUUAUUGUAACCAAUCACAGACAUAUAUGUUGAGCGCGAGAACACAAUGGCCAAUCAGAGGUGUUUCGAAUCCGCUCAACAACGCUCAAAGCGUCACAUUUUAAAAAUUUCAGUAAUGACUUGGUAUCGCGGUUGGUACUUUUGACAACACUACUAUGCCUAACCUCAAACCUAACCUGAAAAAUUUAAUUGGUUGACAGGAAUGUUGUUCCAGGACCAUCAAGGAUGUCAAUCCGGGAACAUGUCCUACUUGGCAAAGUCACUGGCCGUCUCUGUACAGGUUCAUAUGUGUGCUGCAGUUCUUCAAGGUAUACCCAACAAAUUUAUUACAGUACCUAGUUUACAGUUUGUAUAAAACGGUCCCUUUCUAUUUGCUAAAUA